UAUUCAACAAAAACGGCGGGUCUGGCCAAUAUCGCCAUCGAAAUUAUGAUAUAUUUAUCAUCAGCUUAUAAUCGACGAUAAUUGAGAUAUAUAAUCCAUAGUAUUACUACUGCAAAAUUAGCUAAGGGAUUAUGAUUUUAUUAGAGCAUAUAGCUCCAAGCAAAGGAUUUGUGAUCUCCCGCUUAUUUUUAAAACGACUUACACUGACUAGACGUGAAAACGUCACGCGCAUAUUACCGUUUUUGCCGUAGGGGUUUUUGAAUUGUCUUAGAUGCUGAAGGCAAUUAUGUUAUGUCUUCUGCGUAAUCAUAAUACUCGUUUAAAUUUUAUAUUGGAUAUUAUACUAUUGGGAGGACAAUUAUGAGGAAAUUCAAUUAUUAACAACGGAUAUAGCUGUUUGAUUUUUAUUUUGCCAAAAAGUGUUAACAUCACACGAUUUCACGACGCAUCCUCAAUCGGAGAAGCUUCCGUGAUGAGUGAUCCGGGGCAUGCUCAGGCUUCCUCAGCCAACUUGCUGACCAUGUCUGAUGAUAGAACAUCUCCUCUGGUGAACAGAAGUAUGAAAGACUAUUCCACUCAAAUCUCAGAACUUAAGAAAGAAAACUUUGGAUUAAAACUGAGAAUAUUUUACAUGGAAGAAAGAAUGCAACAGCAAUUUACUGGAGAUCAUGAACAUAUUUAUCAGUCGAACAUUGAGCUGAAAGUUGAGUGCGACAGUCUGCGUAAAGAACUACAAGACAAGCAUGGUCUUCUUGUCAAAGCAACGAAUGCGGUCGCUUCUAUGGAAGCCGGACCAGAGGAAAUUCGAAGAGCUCAGGAAACAGCGCAAAAAGAAUUACAACAAGUCAAAGAUGCUAUGCAUGAAAGAGUCCAAGAAGCAGACAGAGAACUCAGAGAAGUGAGAGCUGAAGCUGAUAGUCUUGCUGAGAAUGUACAGAAAUUACAGGAUCAUGCCCACAAAUUGGAGAAAGAUAAUGAUAAAUUGAAACAAGAUCUUGAUCAUGCUAACAUUGAACUUGAGACUGUCAAAGAAUCUUUACCGUAUGAAGAAGACAACGAACAAAAUUCAUUAUCAACUCCUGGUCCAGCGGAAUUGAAUUUGCUCCAAGAAGAUUUACAGAACAAAGAAAAAUUAAUUGAUCAACUUCGACAGACAUUGGAAGUAAAACAAACCAUGUUAGAAGCGUUGAACGAUGAAAAACAAAGUGAAGAAAAUAACUUACAAGAAUGCAAUGAUGCAAUUAAUGAUUUAGAAAAUAAAAACAAGGAACUUGAAAAUGAAAUCUUCAAAACUAAACAGCAAGAUGAAAGAUUACGUUCUGAAUAUAUGACUUAUAUUGAAUUGCAACAUGAAUAUCAGCAACACAUCUCUGAACAACAGCAAAGAUUAGAUGAAUUUGAGCUUGCAGCUCGCCAGAUGAGUGAAGAACUCGAGAAGAGAGAGGAAGAGGUUCAAGAUCUGACUGCUGCUCUCAAAGAUGCAGAAGAAACAGGACGUGAACUUGCUGAUAGUUAUGACCAAUUAAAGAGCGAAAAAGAUUCUCAAAAGACCAAAGAACUUUUAAUGCGAGAUAAAGCUAUUUCUGGUUUAACGGAAGUAAUUCGAAAGAAAGACGAUGAAAUAACGAAUCUAAAAUCAGAUAUUUCUCGUCGAGAGUCUCGUCUGGAGGAGCUGACCAGUACAAUAAGUACACUCAAUGCGCAAGAGGACUCUGUUGAUGAUAGAUUGAAAAGAUUACGAGAACUGGAAAGAGAAUUACAAGAAUUAAAAAAUCAAAAUAUGGAUUUGGACAUACAAAAUCAAAAAUUAAAUUCCCAAUUGGAAAGUAAUGAAGAAUUGGUGAGAACCCUUGAUGAAAAUUUGAAAGAAAAAGAUAAAAAUAUGCAGGAGCUUGUCAACAAAUAUAAAGAAUUGCUCAAAAAACAACAGGAUGAUGAACAAACGAAAGACAAAAUAUUCAAGGAACAAGAGGAAAUGAUGAAAACGUUUGAAAAAGAAAAGAAAGAAUUUGCUGAAAUGAUGAAUAACACCAAACGACAGUUAGAAGAAUGUGCGCAAGAUGCAGAAGACAUUAAUAAGUCUCAAGAAAUUUCGAGAUUACAAGAAAAAAUAGAUAAUCUUGAAAGUCAUCUGAGAUCUAAGCAUCUUCAAUUAGAGGACGCAACAAAUUUAUUCAAAAAAGCUGAAAAUGAGAGAAAAACUGCUCUUAAUGAACUGGAAGAAGCAAUGAAGCGUAGAGACGCUGAACAAAAAAGAGAAAUGGAGUCGAGAAAUCGAAUUAAUGCUGCUAAAACUGCUGAAAUCGAAAGAUUGAGGGAAGAAAUUAGAGUGAAAGAAGAUCGACUACAGAACCUCGAGGACGAUUUAUUACAACUGGAUAGAACUGCUCACGAGGCUCGUGAUAAAGCUGUUCUGAGUGGAAGAGAAGCCGCCAGAUGGAAAGAAGAUAGCGCUCGGAAAGAUGUUGUUAUUGCUGAACUCACAGAAAGCUUAGAAGCUCUUGGAAAUAGUGCAACAAAUACAAACCAAAAGCAGAUUAUUAAACUUACUAGGGAAAACGCUGAAUUGAAGCAAUUAUUGAAAGCGAGAGAAGCUGAAUUAUCUUUCUUGCAAAACGAACAAAAUGCUGAUGAUCCUUAUAUUGAUUCAUUGAAGAGAGAAAUCGCUAGAAAAGAUAAGAUUAUAGCAGAUGAGAGACAACUUCAAGAUUCACUUCAUAAUGCUUUUGUUACAUGGUCAAAAAUAAGUGAAGACACAUCAAGUAUGAAUGCUGUAUUGGAUUCUUUGAGAAUUGAUCUUGAAAAUCACAAGAAAGAAUUGAACAAUGCUAAGAACAUGAUCAAUACUUUGACGUCAGAACUUGAAAACAGCCAUCAACAAAUACUAGCGUUACACAAAGCUUGUGAUGCCAAAGAUCGUGUUAUUCAGGAUCUCAAAGCUUCCCGUCGAUUCCCCACUGUUGAAUCGGAAGAAGGUUCCAGUACCACAACUGAAAACAUGGGUCGCAGCAAAGAUUCUCAGCAUCGUCAACAGCGAUUUACAAAACGAAAAUCAAAACAUCAUAAAAGGGGAGACAAUUUCUCAAUUCAUUCCUCGUCAACCAACACUGGAUUAAAAUUUACAGAUGAUGAUGAACUGGAUUUCUUGUCAUCAGAAAACGGUGUUGCUAACGAUCACCAUGGUCUAAGAAUUAAAGAAGAAUUGAAAAAUGAAAUUCAACAGUUGCACUUAGAAAUUGAAGCAUUGAAAGGAGUACACCGCGAUGAACAAAAUGCGAAAGAGAUUAUGGAGAAAGUUGAGAAACAAAAAGAAUAUUUGAAACGUCUCUCAGAUAUUUUGUCAGAAGAACAAAAAAUUUAUAAAAAACAACUCAAUCUUAAUAGUAAAACAGGAUCUUCUCAUGCAUCACAUUCCGAGUCUGAAGAUGGUACUGAUUCUGUGAAAUAUAAACGAAGAUUAGAAAGAAGAUUGAAAGAGAUUAGUAAUCUAAGAAACCGAUUAAAAACAUUAUUACUGGAUGUUUCAAACACAGAAGAUGUAAAUAUACAGGCAAAUGAUAAUCUUCAUCAAAGUGUGUCAUCAACAAUAUUUCCAAUGAAUCAAACUUCAUACAUGGAAAUACCACCCGUACUUGAUACAAGCAAUCAUACUCUCGUCAGUAAUCAUAGUAAUGCUGAUGAUCAAGAGAAAUUUAUCAACGAUCUUCAAAUUGAAUUGGAAAAGACAAGGGCGGAGUUAGAUGAUGCUAUUAGGGAACUUGCGGAUCUACGAUCGAUUGAUCAUAACAUAAAUACCCUCCGUGACCAACUCGAAGACAAGUCCAAAGAAAUUUCAUUGUUGCAAAAAAAAUUGGACGCCGUCGUUAAGGAAGGAGAAAUGAAAGAUAGUGAAAUGUCAUCACUUAGAAUAGAAGUUGACAGACUACGAGCUUUGCAAUUGAAAAUUGGAAGGGAUUCAGAUACUGAUAAUGCGAGAUCUAUAUGUUCUGGAGAUGAAUCUGAUGGAAUGGGAGCUUUGUCGAGGAGAGAGCUUCGUGAAUUCAUCGGAAAUCUUAAAAAGAAACUUCAGAAUGCAGAGAAAUUGAAUGAGCUUUUGGGCGAUCAACUUGAAUCAACACCAAAACGACCGGAUUCUUCUGCUGGAUAUGUUGAUCCAAAUUUAACAAGUUAUCUGUCAUCAGAAGUUGAACGAUUAAAACAACAAUUAAGAGAUGCUCAAGAAGAACUGAAGGAUGCACAAGAUCAAACAAGAAGGAAAUCAGAGGAGCAUGGUAGAGCAUCACGUUCAUCAUCAAGAAGUAAAUUACCUGUUCCUGUUGAAAGGGCUCAGAGACCAAAAGAUGUGCCUACGUCACCGACGAAAAAAGAAAAACCAGAAAGCACUGCUGCUAUGAAAGCAAAAUGUGAACAAUUGCAAAGUAAACUAGCGGCUACGGAAGAAACUGUACGUCACCAAACAGAGAAAUUGAAAAGAGCAAAAGCAGCCAUGGCAUCAGCUGGUAUUUCUGAUCCAAUGUUGUCUCCUGUUCGAGCUGCUAGAAGUCAUCCCAAUCUUUUAUUCGGUGCCGAUAGUCCUAACAGAGAAACUAGCCCAAGAAAAGGUGUACUCAAAAGUCCAUCCACCAAUCGUACAAAUGGUAGCGACACACACACUCAAACCUCAGCUGAUGAUACUGGUUAUGCAUCCAUCUCACCAAGAUCUGAACAAAAAUACAAUUCUCUCAUCCAAGCACAAGCUAAAGAACUCUCUGCACUCCGUCAACAACUCAAAAAAUCAAGAGAAAUCUGUAAAGACCUUCGAACAGAAUACGAUAUUGUUCAUCGUUAUAUAAAAUCAUUGUUGCAAUCUGCUGCUGGACAAUCUGACGAGAUGUUGGCAGCAAGUGUCACAAAUGAACUAGAUCGUUGUAAACAACUUACAAGACGCCUGAAAGAACAACUAUCUGAAUGGACAAGCGAUGGUUCGUUAUCAAGCGACAGCGACGAAUCAACAACAUCUAGAGGAAUGUCAGUUGCUGAAAGACAAGCAUCACAAUUAAUACAAAAAAAUCAAGAAUUAGAUACAAAGAACCGUCAGAUCAAAGAUUUGGAAGAAAGAGUUUCUGAUUUACUUCGUGUGAAACAUGAUAUUGAUUCUCAGACACAUUUUCAUAAGUUUGGCAAAGGUCAGAAGAUUUCUCUUGAUCAUCUGGGAUAUUUGACGCCAACAUCAUCUCGUCAUUCAAUAUAUACGAAUCCUGAGGAAGAAUUUACGGCACCCACAUUACGGCCUACAAUCAGUCAGAACACCGAGUACGUUCCAUUACCAGACCGUAGAUCUCCACGUUUUCAACCUGCUGAUGAGUCGUACCAAUCUUCUCCGAGGUUGAAUAGAAGCUUACCAAUGUACCAAAGAACUAUUGCAGUAACAGAAUAUCUACCUCCUACCAACAAUGGUGCAGGUGGUCACACUGACUAUCAACCUGGUAGACGUAGACUGCCAACAACAAAUGAUGCGGAAUGUUGUACUGCUUCGUAUGGUGGAUCAUGGGUCGUAGCAGCAUCACCAAGAAAACAAGAUACCAGCAGGUUGUCAUUUAACCCUGAUCCUGUUGUCUAUUCGUCACCUUCUCGUCAUGAAAAUCAACAAAAUGUAGAAAGUUUGAAAAGAAAAUUGGAUGAUAGUAAAAGAUUGAAUGAAUCUUUAAAAGAAGAACUUGAUUUAACAAAUGAAGCUUUGAAACAAGCUAAGUAUUCUUCGAAUCGUGGUCAGACAGGAAGGAAUCCAGCAGAUAUCCUGGAAGAACAUCUGAGCGAGAUUCGAACCCUGAGACAACAUCUUGAGAAUAGUAUUGAAACUAACGAUAGAUUGAGAGAACAAUUAGAAAGAAAAUUGAAGAACACAACUAGCCGAAAAAAUGGUGCAGAGCACAUUUCAGCAAAUAUCUAUCUGCCAGCAGAAAGUCAGGAUAACGAAAAGUAUGAGCAGGAUAUUAAAGGUUUGCGAGAACAACUUGCAAGAGCUAAAGAACAGCAAACUAAACUACAAAAUCAAUUAGAAGCUGAAAUAAGCAUGAAAAAUAAUUUUGCCGCUGCUUCAAAAGAACUAGAACAACUGCGAAUGCGUUUAGUUGAAUCAUCAACACAAACUGAAUUAUUGGGAAGUUACAUUGAUAAUAUGAAUUCAUCUAUCGCAGAAAAAGAAGUUGAGAAUGAAAAAUUGAAAAAUCUUUUGUUGGAACAAGAAGAUGAAAUCAAACAAUUGAAAGAUGAAAAUGAAAUCAAUCAAAUUGAAACUGAUACUUUGAGGAGAGACAGUGUGUCUGCUACGGAAUCAACAAAUCAGAUGAGAGAAGAUUUGAAUCGCUUGAAUGAGGAGUUAGACGAGAGUCACCAUCUUGUAAGAUCACUCAAGUCAGAACUCGCUCUCUAUGAGAAAUUUCAUAAAAAUAAAGAUGCUUAUCGGACUCCACAAAAGUCUGGAAGCAAUCAAGAAUUCCAGGGUCGUCCUUUGGAUAUUUCUGAAUUCUUAGCAGAAAUUAAAAUUCUGAGAGUACAGUUGGAACGUAGCAUCGAAGCCAAUGCCGCUUUACGCAAACAAUUACAAGAACAAUUAAAGCAUAAAGAAAAUGGAAACCCGACGCCAGGAAAAUCAACAACCAUCAAUAUUCAUCACCUACCUGCUUCCACUCCAGUGGGACGAGUCGAUGAUGAUGUUUUUGACAGAAAUUCUCCGCCGGAUUCAGGGCGAAGCGGAUCACGGCGGAAAUUGAAAAUGGGGAAUGACGAAAAGCCGUCAACUUUUCUGAUGACUCCACCACCCUCUGCUUCAUCGUGUGGUGAAGAUCCAACACUCGGUGGUUUUGAAUUUGCAUCUUUGCCUCCACAAAUGUCAACUGGUACCAGAUUUCCAAAGAGAAAUGAGAAACAACAAAAUUGGCCUCAUUACAAUAUGCACGGUCCGUAUAUUUUGGGAAAAUUAUCCGAUUAUAAUGAGCUGAAGCAAGUAACAACUGAUAGCAGGUUAUUGGUUCGUAACAUGGAGUUGAAAGCAACUGGUAGAAGUGUUCCAAGUGCUUUAACAGCAUCAAAGGGAACUAGGAAACAGAGAUCACCAUCUUCUAGUCAUGUAGAUGAGAAUCUCCAGCUUCUACAUAGGAUGUUGGAAGAUAGUGGAAGGAUUCUUAAGUUAUUUUGGCCCGCAUCCAUUCCUCCCCCUUCUCUUCAAUUACCCCUGUCUGGAGAUUCUGAGAACAGAUGUCAAAAAUGUGCGUCGAGACAAUCAGAUGCAUCGCUGUCAGAUGUUUCAAAAUGCACAAGAGAUGCUGGAUUUGCUUCUGAUAGUUCUAUCAAUUCAGAGGCCGAUGGACUACGCCGGGAAGUCAGCAAGUUACAUAAAAGAUUGUCUGCUCAAGAUAAAUUACUUCAAAGUACUGUUGAUAGAUUACAGACAGCCAAUCGUAUGAAAGAAGGUAUCGAACAUGCUAUUUUAAAACAACUUACUGUGACGCACGAUGUUUUGAAGAAAGCUAGAGGAAAUUUAGAGGCAAAAGCAGGUGAAUCUCGAACUAAAGAAAGUCAUCAGACAGUAUCAUAGCAUCAUUUUUCCACUUAUCUCCAUUAUCAUAAAUUGUCAAAUUUUAAUAUAUAAUAUAAGUAUGUCCCAUACCUAGACAUAAGUUUGGUCUAUAUUGGCUUAGAAUGCUUGAUGACGACAUUCGGAAUUGAAAUAUAAAUAUAUUGGUAACAUAAAAGUAUGUAUUGCAUUGUAUUAUAUUAGUAUAUUACUUUUUUUUAAAUUUCAUUAUUAUUGUUACUUGUUAAAAGUUUUACCGCGAGUGCCAGUGUAUGUUACAAACCAUUUUCAUUUUUUUUUUGAUUUUCUGUGCUUUUGAUACUACAUUUUAUUUCAUCUUAUUCUCACUUAUUGUCAGUUUUGCUACUAGUCUUCAGUGACUAUAUUUUUUUUGUUAAUAAAAUUUGAUUCUAAAUAAGAAAAGGUAACAAACAUAUCUUUUAUUAAAUUUUUUGUAGGUAUUUUUGGAUUUUAGGGAAAAAGUUGUUAAAGAGAUUUAGUCAUGUACUAUUGAAUGCCAUUCACACAAAAUUUCAUCUAAAAUAACAAUAGCACACGACUUUGGCAUUUUGGCAAUAUUAAUUUCAAAAUUUACCUCUAAGACAUGUCUGAAAGAUGACAUGACUUGAAUUUGAACAACUGAUUAUUUUAUACACAAUGUUGUAUCUUAUGUCGAAUUGCAGUAACUUUGUUUGCUAGCUAAUAAAAAUAUUUUUUUCAGUUUUUGUAGAUAAUUUCAUUUAUGGUGUUAAAAAGAGCUUUUCAUUCAGGAAGGAAUGUCUAUUAUCAGAAACAUAAUAAAGUUUUUUGUCUAAAUCUUGGUUCGAAUUCGAAACACAUAUACUGCCUGUACUGACAAUCUGUACUAGUGUUUUAUAUACUCUUGCCUAAAUAUUCGUUCAGGCCGUUAUAUUUUGACAUCAAAUUUGUUUGGAUUUAGAAACAUAGUAAACAUUCACAAGUCAUAGAUUUUUGAAGUGUUUUCUUCCUUUAUGCUUGAUUCGUUGUUGCAAAUGUGUCUAACCCGUGUUUUUUUUUUCAAUUUCUAUUUUUUAAAAUAUAUAUAUAUUUGCUUGUAAAUAA